CUCUGUCUUUGUGUCUAUAUAUAAUUCGUAUAUUAUUUAUAAUAAUGAUGAAUCCUCCUCUCCUCAUAAAGCCGUACUGAUUCGCCAUCUUUUCACCUCUUUAAUGAAUUUUUUUCAUUUCUCCCUCUCUUUUAACUUUCUGAAAACCCAACUCUAGAAGAAAGCUCACUUCUUUUCUUUUUCUCUGAUUUUGUUGGUGUGGUGUUGUGUCUUUGUCUUCUUCUUCUUCUUCUUUAAACAAUGCAGAGCAGCUUCAAGACCGUUCCUUUCAACCCUGAUUUCUACUCUCAAUCCUCUUACUUCUUCAGAGGAGAUACUUGUCUUGAAGAGUUUCAUCAACCAGUCAAUGGGUUUCAUCAUGAUGAACCUCUCGAUUUAAGUCCAAAUGUCACUAUUGCUUCUUCAGCCAACUUACACUACACGACGUUUGAUACGGGUAUGGAUUGUGGUGGCUUGAGGAAGAGACUUGAAGUAGAAGGUGAGUGUUUGGAUACAGGGCAGUUAGUAUAUCAGAAAGGGACAAGGUUGGUAGCAGGAGGAGUAGGAGGAGGGGGAGGAGGAGAAGUGAACGGCAGUUUAGAGAACUGGUGUGAUUCGGUUUCAGCUAUGGCUGAUAACAGUCAACAUACUGACACUUCCACAGAUAUUGAUACUGAUGACAAGACUCAGUUAAAUGGGGUUCAUCAAGGGGUGGUUUUGGCUACAAAUUGUUCAGAUCAAUCCAAGGUGAAAUCUAGUGAACAAAGGACACUUAGAAGACUGGCUCAGAACCGUGAGGCUGCUAGGAAAAGUCGAUUGAGAAAAAAGGCAUAUGUUCAGCAACUUGAGAAUAGUCGAGUCAGGCUAGCGCAGCUGGAGGAAGAGCUCAAACGAGCUCGCCAACAGGGAAGUGUGGUUGAAAGCGGAGUUACAGCGAAUCACACACACUUGCCAGCUGGAAAUGGUGCCUUUUCAUUUGAAUUGGAAUAUACACGUUGGAAAGAAGAACAUCAAAGGCUGAUCAACGACUUAAGAUCGGGUGUGAAUUCUCAGUUAGGUGACAACGAGCUACGCAUGCUAGUAGAUGCUGUGAUGAGUCACUACAAUGAAAUAUUCAGGCUAAAAGGAAUUGGCACUAAAGUUGACGUCUUUCAUAUGCUCUCAGGCAUGUGGAAGACGCCUGCUGAGAGAUUUUUCAUGUGGUUAGGUGGAUUUAGAUCAUCUGAGUUACUUAAGAUAUUGGGGAACCAUGUGGAUCCGUUGACUGAUCAGCAGUUGAUAGGCAUCUGCAACCUUCAACAGUCGUCUCAGCAAGCAGAAGAUGCAUUGUCACAAGGCAUGGAAGCGUUGCAACAAUCGCUUCUUGAGACACUUUCCUCUGCUUCAAUGGGUCCAAACUCUUCAGCAAAUGUUGCUGACUAUAUGGGUCAUAUGGCUAUGGCUAUGGGGAAACUUGGCACUCUCGAAAACUUCCUUCGCCAGGCAGAUCUAUUAAGGCAACAAACUCUGCAACAGCUACACAGAAUUCUCACCACACGACAAGCUGCUCGCGCUUUUUUGGUCAUCCACGACUAUAUUUCUCGGCUUAGAGCACUUAGCUCUCUUUGGUUAGCCCGACCAAGAGACUAGAGAAGCUUUGUUAUAUGAGUCAUCACCGAAGGAAAGCAUAGUUCUGGUCUUAAGAUUUUCACAAUUCACAUAUUUUAAUGAAAAGACCAAAAAGCUCUCUCCUCUUUAGCGUCUUAGAUCAUCUGUUUAUUUUAGUCGGUAGUGAACGUUACCAUUCAGAAUCAAUCAACGUUUUUUUUUGUUA